CUCUAACCUCAGUGAGGUGUUAUAGUGCUGUUUAAAGUGCCAAUUCAACCAGAUUAAAUUAUUUUAGCGACUUGAAACCUUUGGUAUCGUAUUAAACAUACUUUUUUAUACCUACUGAACAAUUUUUAUCCGAAUCCGACAUCGAGAAGUAAUUUUUUUUCGACGAUUAGUGCGACGGUAUUUCACGAUGGUUUAUGUAGGCGAUACAGCGUUGCCGGUGUAUGCUGGCGCGUAGUUGCCGGCUCUCCGUGCCGCACUCUCGGCUGUUUUAGCCGACUAGAUAAAACGCAAACUUGGCCUAUCGCGUUCUUGCUUCGUAGGAGAGAUAUUCUUGGAAAAUGACGCAAAAACUUAAAAGCGAUAACAAACUACUCGUUAAGGAUGUAAAUCCUUAUUUAACGUGUCCACUAUGCGAUGGUUAUCUUAUAGAUGCCACGAAGUUGGUUGAUUGUUUGCACACCUUUUGCAAAGGUUGCAUCUUAAAAAACUUUGAAAACAAAAUGUGCCCCAUCUGCAACACGGACUACAAGAAGAAAACACAGUGUUUCAGAUCUGAUCACCAAUUGCAAACCCUCAUAUACAAACUGGUACCGAGCUUGUACAACAAAGAAAUACAAAGCAAAAAAGAAUUUUAUAGGUCGACAACGGUGAGAGCUAGCAGUUCCUGUUCGGAUGACAGCGUUAUAGAACGCGAAAAAUCCAAUGUGCAAGAGGAGGAAACGAUCUUAAAAGAAGUAGGUGAUAAGACUAAAUUCCUGAGUCCCGAGGACCCUAUAUCACUAUCACUAGAGUACUACCAAAUCCAUCUGGACACCACAGACCCAAAUAGUGACCCGCGUAAACAAAAAAACAUUACGGACGCGAAAAACAGUGAUUUAACUGCCGGUCAGUUGAAUGACAGUAAAAAGGGUGAACUAGCGAAAAAUAGUGACAGUGAUUCGGUGAAAAAGAACAAUUGUGAUAAAAGGUACUUAAGUUGCCUUGCUGGGGUCACCAUGAGGCACCUCCAGAAGUUCAUACGGAUGAAAUUCGCCUUGACGGCAGACCACAGGGUUGAUAUUAUCUAUAAAGGGGAAGUGCUUCAAGAUUCCUACAGUCUUAUGGACGUGGCCUAUAUUUUCCACUGGACUAAGGCGAAACCCAUGCGUUUCUUCUACAGAAUUUUUACUCCUAUGAAAGUAAGACCGAUUAAAAUCGUUAAUACUACUUUGAGUACGGGUGGUAAGCAACUACAAAUCGUACCGGUGAAACCAAACUCUGAUAAAAAUGUAGUGGAAAAGAUGAGUCAGAAGGAAUUUGAUGCAGAAGAAGAAGAAAGGAAGAAAAAGAAGGAGGAGUUAAUGACGCAGCUUCAGCUGCAGAGUAAGAGUAAGGUUGUGGAGGGUAAGAAGAAAGAUGAGUGUGUUUUUGAUUACCAUGAGACUGACGAGGAGAUUAAGAAGUUUGCUGAGAAUAGAGACAGAGAGUGGGCGUUGCAGAAGAAGUUAGAUGAGAGUAAGGAAGAUCACCAUAUAAGUAAAAAGAGAAAGAAAAAUAAACAUUCAAAGAACGAUUUAAUGCAUAAAAAGCGUAAAUUACACGCUGAGAAGAUCAAUAAUGAUGACGAUUUACUAAAGUUAAAGGUUAAGCUAACAAAUGGGCAUAAACACAAACAUCAUAGGAGUUUGGAUAAGAAUUUUAACCAAUCUGAGUUGUCAAAUAAAGAAAAGUUGCUGCAAAUGAGGCAGGUAAGGCAUAAGGCGGCCAUACCGGAAGAAAAAGCCUUGAAAUUACCGGAAAAAGCCCUGAAAUUACCGGAAAAAGCCUUGAAAUUACCGGAAAAAGCCUUGAAAUUACCAGAAAAAGCCUUGAAAUUACCGGAAAAAGCCUUAAAAUUACCAGAGAAAGCCAUUGAAAAAUCGGAAUUGAAAGUUGAAAUAUCAAGACUUAAUAAUGAAGCUAAAAAUGUUGCUACACCCGUCAAAAAGGUUGAGAAUGUUAAAUCUACUUUUAUAAAAGACUUCCAAAGUUUUGCUGAGAAAUAUAACAAGGCCACGACUGAAAAAAUCGUUCCGAAAGAUGUAAAGACAGUAAACAAAUCCUUAGAUCAAAAAAUCGCAAAUUUAAAGCAACGCUGUACUAUAGAACCUAAAUUAACCCAAAUAACCGCACAAAAAGUCGAGAAAAAGGUUACCUUCACCGAAAAAACAAAUGUACUCAGCUCUGGAUACCCCGCAGGCUUUACGGUGAGCAAAAUCGACCAAGGUGUCAAACGGAAAGCUGAUACCGAGGUAAAAAUCGAUAAGCGACCAAGUUUGGAGAUAACCUUAAUAAACCCAAGCCCACCGACGACACCAAUUCUGCAAACCGUAGAAAAGAUGGCCGUCAAGCGACCCCCACCCGCCACCAUACCAUUGGAUCGCAUUAAAAAGUCUGUAAACAUAAAAAACACAGGUCUAAGCAUCAUACCCAAGUUGGACAAGUGUGACAACAUAGGCGCUCUGGAUCUAUCAAAUCACAAAACAAAAGAAAACGGCACAUCAACAAAAAGUGAGGUUAAAACCGUUAUGCAGCUGUCAAACUUGCAAAUGCUCUCCAAAGUGGCAACAGAGCAUAAAGCAGUGGCAACAACGCCUCAAAAUAAGGUUAAACCUCAAAUUCCCAACCUACAAACUUUAAAAAUUCCCCAGAUGAAUGCCAUGUUACUGAAAAACGCGCAAAAAAUGCCGAAAUUGCACGAAAUUAAAUUUCGACCCCAACAAAAUCAACAAAUCCGAAAUUUUAGACCCAACCAAAAUCAAAACAUCCGCAACAUACCCAACCCAAGCCUACUUAUAAAACAGCAGAAUCAAAGGUUGAACUCCUUUAACAAUACAACGCCAAGUUCCAACGAAAAAAGUGAGGUAAAACUUUCCAAACCGGUGGUAGAGGCGAAAAUCUGCGAAAAAAAUGAAAUUUCUGUCUGAUCUUUUGACAAAUAAAUUCCCUUAAUCGAUUGUGUAAAUAUCGCAUACAGGUUGCUUGAUAAACCCCGUAUAUCACUUGUUUUGCGUGCGAUUUAAAUGUUUAAAAAAAACAAUUAAAUUAUUUAAUAUUUAUUACAAAAUUAUAUAGUUGGAUAGUUUUUAACGCGUUUAUUUUGUUAUCUUGACAUUUGGUGUUUAUAACUUUCAUAAUUUCAUAACUUUCAUAAUUUUUUUAUCGAUUUUGAUUUUUCAAAAAAACACUUUGACCGCGAGAAUUUUGGAACUGUGAUAAACGAUCAGUGUCGUCAUUAUCGUUAGUAACGAUGAAACGUGUUUUAGAAGACGUUAAAUCGCUAUGGCAACUAAACACGUCGACGCUCUUAUCGCUCUAACAUACUUGCGGCCUAAUGCCUAAUACCCUAAUUAUUAUUCUUUAAAAAUAUCCAAAAAAAAUAAAAUUAUCAAAAUUCGUUUGUCAGAUAUUUCCAAGUCUAAAAUAACACCUAUUUAUUUUAUGUGGAUUAUCUCAAAAACCUAUAUAGGUAUUUUACAUUAUCUUAAAGUAGACAACAUGUUUUCUUAUAUUUUAAAAAUCGCCCAGAAAACAUCAAAGAUAAUAUUAAUUUAGUUUUUAUUGAAGAGUUUCACUUUAUUUGAUAUUUCUUGUAACUUCUCACAACUCUGUAUAAUUAUGUUCCUGAUAUUUUGUUAGUUGUUAUUUGUUUUUAAUUUCGUCACUUUAUUAACGCAAUAUUGUAUAUAAUACUCUUUAAAACAAUUAAAUAUUAAUGUAUAUAUAUAUUUUUGUUAUUAUUUAAAAAUGGUUUUAAAUUUGUAUAUAGGAAAUAUUAAAAAAAGUACUAAAAUUAGAUGGAAUAGAUUUACCUAUAGACUGUCUUUUA